AUGCGUAAGGUUUCAGACAAGCACGAGAAAGAGAAAGAACAGCUAGAAGGGCGGGUAGCCAGCCUCCAGGGGGAGGUUGGGACGAAAGACAGUGAGCUGAAGCAGCAUACCAGCCAGAUCGUGCAGUUGGAGGCCGGCAUUGGAGAGAAGACGACGAAGGAAGCGGAACUCCAAUCCGAGAAUACCAGGAUACAAGCGCUCCAGACUGAAAAUGCCAGAAUCCUCCAAGAGAAGAAGGCAGCGAUAACGAACCUGAAUGAUGAGAAGAGAGCCUUGGAAGCGGAGAACGAGAGACUAACGCAGUCAUGCAGCGAUCAGGAGAAACGGCUGCAGGGACAUCAAGCCGAGAUGAAUGAGCUACUGGGGCAGAUCGAAGACACAUCGAACACACCACAUGAGGCAACCGAUCUGAACCAAUUGCGGCAUGAACUGGAGAAAGCCAACUCGAGUAUCAGUGAGAAGCAGACAGAAAUCGAGAGGCUUCAGACACAGGUUCAGGCAUUGGAACGCCAGCAUAACGAGAAAGCCAGUGCAGCUGUUAAGGGGAAGGAUCAAGCCCAGGCCCUAGCGGAUGCUGACAGGAUCAACAAACUGGGGGAGCAGCUGGAUAAAGCCUCGGCCAAUAGCACCGCGCACCAGAGCCAAGUCAAAACGCUUGAAGAAAGGGUUGAAGGGCUACAAGACAAUCUUGAAAACGAACGAAAGGUCGGCAGAUUGAAACGAGAGGUUGAGGGUAAAGACCAAGAGGUCGACGAGAUACAACAGCAGACAGCCGCCACGAUUCGCGACCUCAACUCGAAAUUAGCAUCGGAGGAAGGCAGAAGGCGAAGAGUGUUCGAGGAACUGCAGCAAAUGCGAGGAAACAUCCGCGUCAUGUGCCGUAUCCGCCCACUAAAGGACGAGAAUGUCAAACAGCUCGGCAUCCUGACUAAACCAUCGAAGACCCAUGGCAAACCUGCUUCCCUGCAACUCGCUCAAAAGUUAAAAAACGUCGCGGGGUUCCCAAAGACUGACCUAACUGUUGAGCAAGUAUUCGAGAGAGUGUUCCUGCCUACAGAAUCCAAUGAUGAUGUCUUUGUAGAAAUUGGUCAAUUGCUGCAGUCAUUCUUAGAUGGAAACAAAGUCUGCAUAUUCUGCUACGGCAAGACUGGUACAGGCAAAACCUACACCAUGUGCAACGAAGACAACAAUCGGAAUGGCAGCGAAAGCGGGACUCACAAGAACGAUGGGAUCAUUCCAAGGGCAACGAAAAUGGGUUUUGACGAAGCAGCAGAGCUCCAGAAGAUUGGAUGGACGGUGAAGUUAGAAGGCUGUUGCUACGAGAUCUAUAACCACGAGCUCUAUCCGUUACGGAGCGGCAAGCGUAAAGAAAAACAGUUGGACGAAAAACACUUGGAAGGAAGAAAGAAUUUUCAGGUCAACGAACCCGAGUUCCAGCCACUAAAUGACCUCGAGCAAACGAAGCGCAGCAUAGAGUAUGGACAGGAAGUAAGCUCGACGCAAUAA